UUCAUUUUUAUUGACUUUGAGAUCAGCUGAUUUUAACGUUUUUCAUAACACUUGACAAUAUUUUUGGAAAUUUAUAAAAUUUUCUGUGAAAUUAAUAUAAAUUGUUUAAAGUUGCUAUUUAAUAUUGCAAAAUGAAUAUUGCUCCACUAUCACCAGCUAGUGGCAUUGGCCGCUUUUAUAAGAGAUCUGCAAAAAUUAUACGUUUUGUGAGACAAGGCUGCACUAACCGGCCAUUCUAUCACAUUGUGGUUAUGGAGCGUCGUAAAAAUCAGCAUCAACCUGUUAUAGAACAAGUUGGUACUUAUGAUCCCAUGCCUAAUGAACACAACGAACGUUUGGUAUCGUUUAAUUUUGAACGUAUACGUUUUUGGUUGGGCAACGGUGCUCAUAUGUCAACACCAGCCGCUGAGCUAUUGGGCAUAGCUGGUCUCUUGCCCAUUCAUCCUCGCACUUAUAUGACAGCCUGGCGUAAUCGCCAAAAAGCAGCUGCCGGUGAAGGCAAUAGUGAAGGAGCAGAGGGUCCAGUUAAAAUGGAAAAUUAAAUGAUGUUUUGUUUUAAUCAUAAGUAUAAGUUUUCUUUCUUAGAUAAUUAAUUAUUGGUUAACAAAUUUGUUAAAAUAAAUUGUACAAGUUCAAUAUGUUUUCGAAA